AUGGCAGCAGCAGCAGGAAAGGAUGGCUACAACAACAGCUGUGACUUGAAGACUGCUAGGCUAUGGAGGGAUGCCGCCCUGCGUUCCAGGAAGCUGAGGAGCAGCCUUAGACAGCUCACCCUGAGUUGUGGGGAUCAGGACAAGCUCAUCCUCCCUGAGGACCUGGGGGAUGUGGAGGUGCUUAACCUGGGCAACAACUCCCUGGAGGAGGUACCGGAUGGCCUGCGGAGCCUGUCUAUGGGCAACCUUCACGUCCUUAUCCUGCGCAGGAACAAGUUCCUCAACGUGCCCUCUGCUGUGUAUGAACUAGGUAGGCUGACAGAGCUGGACAUGAGUCACAACCGACUGGGCUGUCUGACCGAAGCAGUGGGCUUAUUGAGCCAGCUGAAGAAGCUGUGCUUGAGUCACAACAAACUGCAGACUCUACCUAGGCAGAUGGGCUCCUUGGUGCACCUAGAGGAGCUGGAUGUGAGCUUCAACCGUAUCAGCCAGCUACCUGACACUAUGCAGGGCCUUCCCCGCCUUAGAGUCCUGGAUCUGGACCACAACGAACUGUGCAGCUUCCCUCAACAGCUCCUGCAUCUCCCAGCGCUGGAGGAGCUGGACUUCUCUGGCAACAAAAUGCUCGGUAGCGACUGUGGCGGCUCGUUGCCCCAUGGCAUCAGAACCAUGAAGUUAUUGAAGGUCUUGUGGUUGAGUAGCACUGGGCUCUGCUCCUUACCGGACUCCUUCUGUAGUUUGGGCAGCUUGGAAAGCCUCAUGCUGGACAACAAUAACCUCUGCUCCUUGCCCAAUGGCUUUGAGGAGUUGCAAAAGCUGAGGAUGGUUAACCUGUCUUCAAAUGCCUUUCAGGAGUUUCCUAAGGCUUUGCUUCAACUGCAGGACUUGGAGGAGCUGUACAUGAGCCGUAACAGACUGACAGUGGUACCAGAGGGCAUCUCCAGCUUGUUCAGGCUGGUAACCUUGUGGUUGGAUAACAACAGAAUAAGGUAUCUGCCUGACACAAUAGUGGAGCUCGGCUUGCUGGAGGAGCUUGUGUUGCAAGGUAACCAAAUAGCAAUUCUUCCGGACAACUUUGGGAAACUCUCCAAAGUCAACAUCUGGAAGAUCAAAGACAACCCUUUGAUUCAACCUCCUUAUGAGGUUUGUAUGAAAGGGAUCCCUUACAUUGCUGCAUAUCAGAAAGAACUAGCCAAUUCACAGCCGGCAGUAAAGCCAAGGUUAAAAUUAGUCCUCUCAGGCCAGAAGGAUGCCGGCAAAACUAUGCUUAGACAUUGCCUCACGGAUGGUCAUCAAAGCAGCUGUAUACAGGGAAAUACAGGGAUUGAGGUCACUAACUGGACAGCUGAUGUAGAACGGGGACUAACAUUUAUUGUGUAUGAGUUAGCUGGGGACCAGAGUUAUGACAUAAUCAAUCCUUUCUUCCUCUCCCCUGGUGCUCUGUAUAUCCUUGUUGUUAAUUUAAAGUCUUAUGUUUCUAGGCAUUUUUAUAAAUCUGUAGGUUAUUUUCUACAUUUUAUCAGUGCCAAGGUACCUCAUGCAGUUGUAUGCAUAGUAGGGACUCAUGCAGACUUGUGCGAGGAAAAGGAGAUCGAGGAAAAAUGCCUUGAUAUCCACCACCAGAUUUCCCUGCAGGAAAAGAAGGAUAUGGAAUCCCUACAAAAUCUGGCACAGACUGUUGAUGAAGCCCUUAGCCAAAAUUAUGACAUGCGCGUGUCAAACCCUCAUGCAGCUUUUUAUGGUGUUAGUGAUAAGAACCUGAGGAGGAAGAAAGCUCAGUUGCAAUAUUUAAUGAAUAAUCGUCUUCAGAUUCUCUCACCUGUCCUCUUUGUCAGCUGCCACGAUUAUUCAAACAUCAGACGCUUGCGAGACAAACUCCUUUCUGUGGCUGAACACAGAGAGAUUUUCCCAAACCUGCAUAGAGUUCUUCCCAAAUCCUGGCAAAUGCUGGAAGAAUUGCACUUUAAACCUCAGGAGCUCUGGUUGACAUGGUGGGACUCGGCAAGGCUAGGCCUACAAGCAGGGUUGACCGAGGACCGGCUGCAGAGUGCCCUGUCUUACUUGCAUGAGAGUGGGAAGUUGCUCUAUUUUGAAGACAAUGUGACUCUUAAAGAGUAUGUUUUUCAUAAUCUGACAAAACUGAUUGACAUUUUGAAUGUCUUUUUCCAGAGAGAUGCAUCUGUUCUGCUACAAAAGCUAAUGAGUGACUCUAAGAUAGAUGAGUUGAGGGCCACACAGCUUCAUCAUUAUGUAGAAGGUUUUCUUCUUCAUGGACUUCUGCCCACUCAUAUCAUUAAACUACUGCUUAAACCACAUAUCAAAACCCAAGAAGACUUGCAGCUUAUUCUUGAACUUUUGGAAAAGAUGGGCCUGUGUUACUGUAUCAAUAGAUCCAAAUCCAAACCAUUAAAUGGGGCCACGGCUUGGUAUAAAUUCCCAUGCUAUGUGAAGAAUGAAGUACCUCAUGCAGAAGCCUGGAUCAAUGGUACCAACAUAUCAGGACAAUCUCUAGCAGUAGAACAACUACAGAUAGAAUACAACUUUCCAUUUAUAUUUCCCCCUGGCUUGUUUGCCCGCUUUAGCGUUCACAUUAAUAAUCAUGUUGUGCAUCGCUCAGAUGGUAAAUUUCAGAUCUUUGCCUAUAGGGGAAAAGUGCCAGUUGUAGUGAGCUUUCGUCCUUCCAGAGGAGCCUUACAGUCAGACGUUUUGUCUAUUGCCAGCCAUGCGUCAUUGCCUAACAUAUGGACUGCAUGGCAAGCUAUAACACCCUUGGUUGAAGAACUGAAUGCACUAUUACAAGAAUGGCCCGGCCUUUACUACACAGUACAAGUUCUAUGUUCCAAGUGCCUUAAAAGGGGGUCACCCAAUCCACACACCUUCCCAGGUAGGUUUAAUGUCAUCUCUAUGUGUUUGUGUGCAUAUAUGACUUUGUUUAGUCACUGUCUCCUUUGCAUUUUGGAUAUAGCCGUUAAUAACAUUUUCUCAGUUUAA